AAAUUUUCUACCCUUCAUCCUCACCUCCGCAGCAAGGGGAAAAGGCAAACAAUGAGCGUUUUGCAAGGGAAGCGCAAGCGCCAAGUCUUGUUGGCAUCGACGCAGUCAUCGUCAAUGAACAACGAGGAGCGCGCCGUGUACACGAUCAUUCGCGAGAGGAAGGAGAUGGGGAUAUGGCAAGGAGACAUCAAACGAGAGAAAAACAUUCACAUUCCCGAUAGUCUGCUGAAGAAAACCCUAAAGAUGCUCAUCACCAAGAACCUCAUCAAGGAGGUCGUCAACGUCCACAACAAGUCCAAGAAGCUUUUGAUGGCGACCGACUUCGAACCCUCCAAGGAGAUCAGCGGCGGAGAGUGGUACACCGACGGCAAAUUCGACACCGAAUUCAUCGGUGCUCUGUCUGAUGCUUGCUUGAGCAACAUCCGCCGACGGAAAGUCGCGACGUGCGACGGGAUCGUCGGGUGGAUUAGGAAGGUGGGGAGUGAUGUGUUCCCUGGUGGAGUUAGUAAAGGGCAGGUGGAGCAGAUUUUGAAGAAUUUGGUUAUGGAGAAUAAGGUUCAGGAGGUGACUAGUACUGGAUUUGGGGAUUUUGAGUCUGUUCCUGUUGGUGAAGUUUGUUAUAGAUUGGUGAAGAAGGGUGCUGGUGGUGUUGGUGCCAUGGCUUCUAUUCCUUGUGGGGUUUGUCCUAGGAUUCAUUCUUGUACACCUGAUGGUGUUAUCUCCCCUAUGACUUGUCAAUAUUAUCAGAAAUGGUUGGACUUUUAAAUGUGUCCCGUUUCCAAUCCAAGUCCUUUUUUUUUCGUUUUGGAUUUUACAUAUGGCAGUUUUUUUUAGUUUUGAGCUUCAUCUUAUAUAUUGUUUUUUUUUUUUUUGGAUUUUUCAUUUGGCACUUUCUAGUCUUGAUUGAUUUUUUUUUUCAUGUGAUGCUUGAGAGUUGAUUGGUUUUCCUUCUGCAUUAAAGUGAAAGCUUUUUGGUGUGAAUUCUCCACGUUACUUGUUAAUGAGAAAUUAAAAGCAAGUGGGAGAACAACUCCAAGGGCUGAAAUCUUGAUGUCAGAAAAAGAAUGGCAUCAACAUUUUGAUA